UCCCCCACCCCCACCCCAGUUUUCACUCUCACCUUCUCUGCACUCCUCUCUUCUUCCUCUCUCUCUCCUCUCUCCUCUCCUCUCUCUCUCUCUCUCUCUCUCCCUCUCUCUCUCUCUCUGCGUACUGACACUUGAGACAAAUUGAUCUUUUUGGGUCUGAAUUUCAGUAAUUUCAGACAAGUCCCAUGUUUGCGAAUUGAGAUAAUUCACUGAAAUUUGAGCUUUCUGAUAACUUUUGUGGUUUCGCAGUAACUGGGUUACCGAGUUUUUCUGUAGAUUUUAAGAGUUGUUUUGGUGAAUUUGGAGACACUGUCUUGAGCUUCACAGUAUGAUCGUUAGCUCUUUCUGCAAUGCAGGCGCCACGUUCUCGUGCCAUGGAAGUAGUAGGCCGUCUGUAGUGAGUAUUAUGAAUUCCUGUUAUGUAAAAGUCGAGGGAGAAGAAGGGAUAGAUGUAAGAAAGAUGACAGAACACAAACGAAGCCCCUGCGCCGUUGACCAAAGCAGUAUUACUUCUCUUCCGUCUAAACGACAUAAGACUGAUUUAUCCUUCUCCACAAAGGAGAGGAAAGAGAAGCUUGGUGAACGGAUUGUAGCUCUGCAGCAGCUUGUUUCACCAUUUGGAAAGACAGAUACAGCUUCUGUCCUUCUGGAGGCAAUGGAGUACAUACGCUUUCUUCAUGAACAAGUUAAGGUGUUGAGCGCUCCAUACCUCCAAAGCACACCAACAGCUAACACUCAGGAACUAAAGCCAUACAGCUUGAGAAGCAGAGGUCUUUCUCUUGUUCCUGUCUCCUCUACCAUUGGCAUUGCUCAAAGUAAUGGCGCAGAUAUCUGGGCGCCCAUUAAGACGACUUCCCCCAAGUUUGAGAACGACAUCUCACAUUUCCAUUGAUACGAAUCAAUGCUCCGGCUACCAGGAGUCUUGAAGUAACUGGAUUGCAGAGCACAACAAAGUCCGUUGAGGCAGAUUCGGAUUUGUAACUGAAUUCUUAGCAUGACGGCGUUCAAUGUAUUUAUGUUAUUGAAUGUAGUCCUUGCCUGAACUCCAUCUAGCGCAGUCAGCCCCCCCAACCAUUCUGGUUUUCUGUAACUGGUGGUGGGUUAUAUAAUGUAGUCCUGCCUGAACUCCUUCUAGUACGCUACUUGUAUUGUAUACUACAAAAAUGUAUAUUUAUAGACUUGUGAUGUAUAAUGUUUCUGACUGGGAAUUAAUGAAAUAUAUGGUGGGGA